AUGGAUCAUAAUGGCUUGCUUUUAUCUUCUACUAAAGAUAAAAAGAUUCAGACAACUACACCUACUCCUCCUAGUGAAAAGUCAAGUGUAACUGAAGAAUAUCAAGCACAUCAAGUUCUACAAGGUGAAUUUGAACCUGAACAACAUUUUUAUCCUCGUGUCUUGAAUGCUCAAAUACAUCCUUUGAUUCAAUCUUUCUUUACUUUGGGUAAUGAACGUAUCAUUGCUCGUUAUACUCAUCUUAAUCCUCAAGUAAAAGCUGAAGACUUGAAACAAAUUCUUUCUUAUAGUCCUCAACAUUUUCAUUGGGCUGGUUCUGAUUUGUUUAAUGUAACUACUGCCUCUGGUCAUCGUCAAAUGAUCGUCAUCGAGACUAACUCCUGUCCUUCUGGUCAAAAAUCAAUGCCUUUACUUUCUGAAACGGAUGAGCAUAAUGAACAAGGUGGCUAUCGUUUAGUUAUCGAGACUGCCUUUCAAGAUCAGUUAAGUAAAGCAGAUCCUAGCUUGGGUGGUUUAGCUGUAGUCUGUGACAAGAAUAUGAUGGAAUCAAGUGGUUAUGCUGCUGUCUUGGCUGAUGUAGCUAAAGAACCUGUUUGGCUUGUUGAAUGGUAUGUGAAUGAUCCUGAUCCUAAUCUUAAGUGGGAGGAUCGUAUACUAUAUGUUCGAGAUAAGGAUAGAGUAUGGCAUCCUAUUCGUGCUUGUUUUCGUUAUUUGACGCAAAAACCGUGGAAUCGAUUCCCUUUAAAAACAAAAACAAUCGUUAUGAAUCAAAUUAUUAGUUGUUUGGCGGGUGGUCGUAAUAAGAUGAUGGCAGCAAGAGCUUAUGAUUUCUAUAAUAAAGAUAUUUAUCGUACUGGUCUUAGUAUUAAAACCCCCGAGACAAUUAAUAAUGUAACAAGGGGAGAAAUCCCUCUUUGGUUAAGAUCCAUGGGUGGUCAUGCUGUCCUUAAGGUACCCUAUAGUAACGCCGGUCAAGGUGUCUAUACAAUCACAAAUCAAACCGAAUUGGACAACUUUAUGAGUGAAGAGCAUCAUUAUGAUAAAUUUAUCGUGCAAUCUUUAGUGGGUAAUGCUUCUUGGUCUAGUGAUACUACCACAGGUAAAUUCUAUCAUGUUGGUACCAUACCAAAUAAGAAGAACAAUACCUACGUAAGCGAUCUACGUAUGAUGGUGACUGGUAGUUCACAAGGAUUUCGUCCAAUUUGUAUUUAUGGUCGUAAAGCGAGACUUCCACUUGCAGGAUCAUUAAAACCAGAUGACGAUACGUGGAAUAUGUUGGGUACAAACUUAUCUGUAAAAUUACCUGAUGGUGGUUGGACAACAGAUACAUCCAGGCUAAUCCUUAUGGAUAGAAAGGACUUUAAUCAACUUGGAUUAGGAAUUGAUGACCUUAUUGAUGCUUAUAUUCAAACUGUAUUAGCUGUCAUUGCUAUUGAUCGUAUGGCUAUUCGUUUAAUGUCUAAUGGUAAAUUUGAUUAUGAGUUAUUCGAGAGUUUAAAUCCUGAUAAUGCCUUGAUGAAUGAAAUAAGACAAGCUAAUUCUGACUUUUAAAAUUACAUGAUACACAUUAUACUAUAUAAACAAGCAUGCAUAC